CGGGGCCCCCGCGGCGGGGCGUGGGGAGCCCCGCGGCUCCCUCUGGCCCUCGGCGUCCUCGGGGAGCGGGAGGCGGCGGCCGCGCUGGGGUAAAAGCCGCGGCGCGAGCCCUGGGAGCCGCCAGAGGGCGGCGGGCGCCCGUGGAAAGCGUCGGUGAUUCUGUGAGUACAUGAACAAAACGAGAGGACUCUUGGCUGCCUCUGUAGUUUCUGUCCAGAACUCCUGCUUCAUUUAUCCUGCUUGUCAGAGCUGCUUUUCUAGGCUGGUGCUGAACCCCAAGAGAUUUAACUGUCUGAAGUGUGGCUGCACAGGUGAAGCCAAAGACGUAGGGUACAGAUACAGAUUGUCCCUGAAGAUUGCUGACACAAAUGAUUUGUUUGACAUUAGUGUGUUUGGAAGUUGCUUAGAUCCAUUCUUCGGUGUCACUGCAGGAAAUCUGCAAAGGUGUAUUGAAGACUUUAAUCAGCUGUCAGGAGAAACAAACAGAGAUGCAUCUCCGGGAGUGUUAGUUGAAGCAGUUGAAACCUGUUUCAUUGGAAAAAGAUUUAUAUUUGGAGUGAAGGGUUGUGCAAGUGAGGAUGGAGGGUGUUCUUUUGCCAGCAGCAUCUUGCAAAACUGUUCCAGAAUUAACAGAGGUACAAAAACCCUUACAGCUUGCCAGAUCUUCCUGCCAAAUGCUGCUGUUACUGGCUUUACUGUUAUCAGCUACUUUCACCGGCUCCUGCAGUCCAGGAAAUUCGGGAACCAUAAUAACAGCUCCCACUUACCUGAUUCAUUGUCACCUCCAAUAGGUGAACCUGUCAGCGAGCUCAGCAGCUUGUCUAGCUGGAACAGAAGCUCCUGUUUUGUUCAGUCUAGUGGCAGAGAAAGUUUUUUAGGGUGCUGGCAGCAGUCCUUCAGCCUGACUUCAUCUGUUGCUUGGGUAACAGCGGAAGACUUUCCCACUCUGGAAGUGGGAAAGCUGGUGAGUGAACAGCAUGAAGAAGAGGGGAGGCCUGUCUCUGCGGAAUCGUGCAGUGUAAGCCUUAACAAUCAAACUCUUUGGGAGUCACAGUUUUGCAGCUCUUCAGUGAGGGAAGAGAAUAAAGAGGAGGAGGAUGAAUUAAAUUCACAGCCUAGUCAGACUGACAGAAUCUCUGCGACUGAUAAAUUAGAGAGAAUUUGCUCUUCAGAGACGAAGUGUUCACUUCCAGACAGUUCCAGGUUGUUAAAAAAUCCCUCAGAGUUUGGGGUAAAAAGCGUUCACCCAAAGACUAAUAUUGGAAACGAUUCUUACAAAGAAAAAUCCCCAAGCUCCCUUUUUUACGACAGACGUACCUCAACUUCUAAUCAUGUAACUGGAGUGUCUCAGACAGACUCCAUGCUUUGGGAGGAGCUCCCGUUCUCAGAAAGCCUAAAGGAAUUUUUAGCCAGAAUAGAAAGCGAGAGUUUUGUAACGUCACCCCGUCUUGAUGCAGGCCAACAUACCGCCCUUGAAAGCAGCAAGUUGAGUGUAGAUCUUAACAAAUCGUAUCCCAGGCAAGCCCCAGGAGGUGGUGGUUUACCUGAAGAGAGCAUAUCGGGGAGGUUCUUGCAACCAGCAGGGAAAGAUAGUUGGGAGAGCAUAUCAUUUGCUUGGCAUCAAUCAAAUUCAAAUCCUGUGAGUGAUGAGGUGUCACAACAUGAGUCCUUCUGUAGCAUUUUAUCUUCAGCUGACAAGGAACGUGGAGCAUCUUGCGUUAUACCGAACCCUCAUCUACUUACUCCAUCACAGUCCUUACCAGUUACAUCAGAGUAUUCUGCUUCCAAAAGAAACAGACAGCCCAAAGAAGCAAAUACUGAAGUUUCAAAGUCAGCUUGUCCUUUUAUCAAUCCGCAGCGUGCUGCUGAACGUGAAACCUUCUGUUUACAAAGGAGCAAGAGAGCUACCUGUGUGCAGUCUGCGCGUGAUAGCUGUUUAGCUGGUAGUGGAAAUAAAGAAAAUUCUUAUGUAGCAAACCAAAAAAAAGAUUUUAUAUUCACAGGGACGUGGGGCUCUGAUCCAGCAAUUCCCAACAACACAGGGAGGAUGUAUGAAAGAGAAUUAAAAACAUUGACAGAACUGCAAGAAAAUACUUUCAAAAGCAUAAAUAAGAGAGAGAUGAUAUGGAACAGUAGCUGCUCUGAAGGCAGCUACAAUGCUUCUGCUGAUCUCUUUGAUACAAGUGAGGUAGCAAAAACUGUAGAGUUCUUAAAUAAGUCAUGUAACUCUCUGAUACAGGAAGAUACUUUGACAGGAAAGGUCACAACUCCUGAACUGGGGCUUUUUCCUGUGGAUGUUCCCUGUAACAGUUUAAAACAGACCCCUUCCUUACAUAGGUCCCCUCUUGCUUUUCGUAAACACAGUACACCAGUAGCUUACCCCUUUUAUGAUUCAGAAUGCAAUUCAGUUAGUGCUCAAGGCUUUGUUCCUUAUUCAGAGUCAACUCCUGUGGCAAAACCUAUCCAAAAACUGUGGCCUUUGGGGGAACAAAGCUCUUUUGUCACUAUAUUCACCCCUAAAAAUCCUGCUAAAAUCUGUUCCAAAUGCAAGCGAUCUAGGGCUUCCUUUCAAAACACUCAGUUACAGCAGCUUACUGGCAGGUUAGUGAAACGUGAAAAGCUGAGUAACAGGGAAGAGAAAGAAAGUAAUAGCUCAGUUUCACAGCUGUUCCAGAACAACCAGUUGCCUGCUGACUUUGAGGAGUGGAUCCCUCCAUCCGCAAUCAAAAGACAGAAACUUACUGCAUCUUUAGGCUUAAAAAUGGCUAGCUGGGCUACUGACUCGCAAGUGACCUCUGAGCACGUGGACAGGAACACGAUUUCUGGAAGCAAAGAGAACAGUGAAAAAGAUGCAUGCUUCAGAAGUGAGGGGUUAAACUCUGGGAACACAGCUGGGAUUCUAGCAACUCCUGUGUCUGCAGGUAUCACCAAGGCCUUGUUUUUAAAUGAUUCAGUCCUGGAAACUUGUUCCUCUUCAGAAGGAAAGAAUCACCUCUCACAUGCAAAUUAUUCAGGGGUUAUAUUGGAAGGGGCAACAGGCUGGUCUCCUGAGUUGUUCUUCCAAGCACAGAGCCCCUUUUUCCAUAAGCCAGAAUAGUAAAAAAUGAUUAUUUUAUGCUGUGUUAUUUUAAAUUAUUUUUAAGACUUUUUUUUAGAAUGACUCGUGAAGAAAAGAGCUGUUUAAAAACAAUUUUUAUAUACUUUUUGGCGUAUGUCUUCCUAAGAUUAUCUGCUUGUUUGCAGAGCUUUGUACAAUAGAGAUGGGGAAGAGAGAAUUCUGCUGUUACUUUAUCUUACUGUAAAUUAAAACAUGCAAUAAACA